AUGCUGUUCAAACUGCAGAGGGAAGCAUCUGUUGUGGUGGUGGAGGAUGGAGAUGUGGCAGGCUUCCGGGCGGCUGUGUUUGUUGCAGCUGUUGGACAGGGCUUGGGACUGCUGCACAUGCUCUACAGGCAGGUGACUUACGACAUUUUCUUCAUGGAUUGGGAGAAGCCGAGAAGGGUGCUUACACGAGGGGGAGGCCGAGAGGAGUCUGCGCCUGUCAGUUGCUGGCGCAUGUUGUUCGUCGCCAAUGAAUGGAAUGAACUCCAAGCAGUGCGCAAAACAUCUCCAGCCUUCACAAUGCUGUGCAUGGUACUGUUCCUUGAGGGCCUCCACCUGAGCUGGGCAGCUCGGAUGGACCCCAACGAACACAACCUGGACUGGAACCCAUACUCUCAGGACAGCUCCCUCCUUCGGGUGGGGACAGAUGCAGGUCUCUUCAUCUUCAUCGCAGCAGUGCAGCUCCUGUAUGUCGGGGCGUUCGCACAGCGUUUUCUGCUGCACCCUCUCGCGCAGUUCGUGGACCUGCUGUUCCUGGCCAACAUCAGCUGCAUCAUUCUGGACGACAAGCUGGCUGGGUACUAUCUCCAUGGGCGGAAUCAGAGCCAGUUUUCUGACACCAGCAUCGUGGAGCUCAACAAUGCGUUGCUUCAGGAGGAGGAAGGCCUUGUUGCCAACAGGGGCCUGGCGGCAGGCAACUCGACAUUGGGAGACCCCGAAGUGAAGGAGAACCAGACGUUCCAAGUGUACCUCACGAGGGCGCAGAGGGAGCGGUAUGAGGGCAUCAUGCUGGAGCACAUGCACAGUGCCGCCAGGCACCAAGGGUCGGCUCAGGGGCUCCUGCGGAAUGGUAGGAAGCCUUCCCACCGGCCGAAGGAGAGUGCCCUUGAGGCUAGGGCCAGGAUUUUGGAUGAUUUUAAGAGCCUGGUGGUGCAGAUCGAGAACAACCAUGCUGAACAGGUCCUUCCAUCGUCAUUCCUUGGGCGGAUUCUUCGUCUGCCUCCUGAGCUCUCAGCCCAGAAGGCUGUCCUUGUGCACGACUUCCACUCCUCAUUCGGAAACGUGCUGCUCUACGGAAAUGAAGUGCGCCUAAUCAUGUUCGAGCUGGUCAUGUUCUGCGCCCUCGAUGUGAGCCUCAAGAGCCCGGGCAUUGUUGCCUUCCUUGUUUACCUCAUCAGCAGGCUCAUCACGUGGGUGAGAAAGAGCUGCGGGGAGCGCAACAUCUCAAGGAAAACGAUGGUGGGAAGGCAUUUCCUGAUGUGA